UCCGGAGCUCUUCCGGGCUCUACGCUUGCGCCGAGCUGGGGACGCGACAAUACCCUGCAGUGGGACCCGCACCUGGGCUGGGAAAUGUUCAGCAUGUUAAAGCAGGAGGACAGAGACCUGGCGCCUUCCCCUGCUCCAUCAUUGGGCACUAACCAUGGAGAGGGUCUGGGCAGGGAAUCCUCUGAGAAGAGAGAUGAGGAUCCUGUUGAUUUCUAUGGAUUGGGCGAUCCUGCUGCCAAGUUUUCCCAGAUGAGUCCGUACCUCUCUUCUCGAGGAAGCAUCAUCAAAUGUUUCCGGGAUGCAGCCGAGGAAGGUUAUAAGGCCUACCACUUGGAUGAGUAUGAUGAAGACAAGAACCCUAACGGAAUCAUUAACCUUGGGACCAGUGAAAACAAGCUCUGUUUUGACCUGCUGUCCAGCCGGCUGAAUCAGAAGGACAUGCAACACAUUGAGCCUCCCUUGCUGCAGUAUCCUGACUGGAAAGGACACAGGUGGCUUCGGGAUGAAGUGGCUGGGUUCCUGACUUACUACUGCAAGGCCCCUGUUCCCCUCAAGCCAGAGAAUGUGGUAGUGGCGAAUGGUUGUGCCUCCCUCUUCUCUGCCUUGGCUACUGUCCUGUGUAAUGCAGGGGAGGCUUUUCUGAUCUCCAGCCCUUAUUAUGGGGCCAUCACUCAACACGUAUAUCUCUAUGGGAAUGUUCGACUGGUUUAUGCUCAUCUGGAUAGCAGGGUCACUGGGAUGGACAGCCGCCCCUUCCAACUUACAGUCAGGAAGCUGGAGAUAGCCCUUCAGGGAGCCAAGUCUGAGGGAAUUAAUGUCAGAGGUCUCAUUCUCAUCAACCCCCAUAAUCCUCUGGGAGACAUCUACUCUCAGGAACAGCUGCAGGAGUUCUUGGACUUUGCAAAGAGGCAUGAGCUUCAUGUGAUAGUGGAUGAGAUAUACAUGUUGUCAGUUUUUGACGAGUCCGCCAUGUUUCAAAGUGUCCUAAGCAUGGACAGGCUUCCUGAUCCCCAGAAGACCCACAUGAUAUGGGGGACCAGCAAGGACUUUGGGAUCUCAGGCGUGCGCUUUGCCACCCUCUAUACCGAGAAUCAAGACGUCGCCAAUGCCGUGGCCUCCCUCGGUUGUCUGCAUGGCCUCUGCGGCACUACCCAGUACCGGAUGGCACAGCUGCUUCGGGACCGAGAUUGGAUCAACCAGGUGUACCUGUCCGAAAACCAUUCCCGGCUUAGGGCUGCCCACGCCUAUGUCACGGAAGAGCUGGAGACCCUGGGCGUCCCCUUCCUCAGGACCAAAGCUGGUUUCUUUGUCUGGAUAGACCUGAGAAAAUACCUGCGUAUAGAUACCUUUGAGGAGGAGUUCUCCUUGUGGCGCCGUUUCCUGGACCACAAGGUACUUCUGUCCUGUGGAAAGGCCUUUGAGUGCAAGGAACCUGGCUGGUUCCGCCUGGUCUUCUCCGACAAGAUUCACAGACUGUGGCUGGGCAUGCAGCGGAUCCGGGAGGUGCUUGGGAAGGAGCCCCAGUUGGCCAAGAUCCCUUCCCCUUGCCAGCCCCUGGAGAAGAGCAUUCAGUCGAGGUGAGGCGGCCUCUGACUUGGAGCCCAAGAAGCUGGAUGAUGAGUGUGGGCUGGAAACAGGAUUUCCUCCCUUGUCUGAACGGCCACAGAAGAGCAAGUGUAACAGAGCAGUUUAUCAGAGGCAGCCUAGAUAACCCGGGAGAGAGACUGUACUUCAGACUGUUGGCUGCCCGUCUCUGCCAUGUGUGACUCCCCUGUUUUUCCCUCUGCCCAAGCAGAAUGAGCAGGAAACUACCUGGAAAAGCAGGCCUCUGCUCCUCUCCAAGGAGUCCUCAGCCCCUUCCUGAAGCCCUUCACUUGAAAGUGAAAUAAAGGCUUUCUCUUUGAGAGCCUAAUUGUUUCCCCUGUCAUUCAGUCAGAAAGCUGAUUGCUGUAUGCUGGGAUCCAUGCCAGGUACUAGGGGCACAAAGACAAAACCAAACAAACCCUGCUCUCCUUUAGAGUCCAUUGGGAAGACAAGCUGUACACAUGUCAGAACUGGGACUGGAACCGCAGAAGGUGGCCCCGGUGAGGAGCUGCCUCUGCCACUGCGGGCCAGAAAUCUCUCAGCAACUCGUCAUCUUGGAGAGUCACCCAGAAUACUUUGGGGACAAAGAACUUGUCCAGACUCACAGCCGAGAUGUGUCAGAGGCAAGACUUGGAUGCUCUGUUCCUGGAUCUGAGGCCAGUUUUCAAAUACAUUUUUAUCAAUGACUUUUGUUUUUAUAUUGCCUCAAUUUCCUCCUGUGUACCCUCCUUCUCUGCCCCACUCUCAGCCAUCUCAUACACCAACCAACUGGAGAUCAACUUUCUAUCCACUGAGAUAGAUUUCCUGCUUAUUCCAGCAGACAGAGCCUUUGACUUUUUUUUUUUUUUUUGUUUUUUUGGCUGAGGCAGUUGGGGUUAAGUGACUUGCCCAGGGUUACACAGUUAAGAAGUGUUAAGUAUCUGAGCUCAGAUUUGAAUUCAGGUCCUCCUGACUUCAGGGCUAGUGCUCUAUCCACUCUUUUUUGACAUUUUUUGAAAAUAAAACAUAACUAUA